GAGCAGAUGGCGUGUGCUGCAAAGAAAGACAUGGAGCAGACAGAAGCGUCCAAGCCCAGAGGGGCCAAGGAGCCCAGGAAGCGCGUGCAGUUCGACCUCGGAGGUGGCGAUGUUCAGGAGAGCACUUCAAGAGAGCGCACAGAGACAGUGGCCAAGUCGGUUCAGAAUGAUGACGUGGGUUGUCUGGAAUGGCUUGAGGCCGUGCUUGAGGACCAGGAGAUCGCUCUACCACACAAUGUAAACCGUUUGGGCGGCGUUGUACAGCAAGCUCGCGAUGCAAGGGACGGGAGCCUCUUUUACCAUGGACCUGCAGAAGCUCAAAGAGCACUGGUUCUCAGCUUGCAGUGUCGUAUUUCCAAACGCUACCAGACAGCCGCAAGGGCAGUCGAGAAGUACUUGCAGCAAUCACAAGAUUCUGUAUAUGUCAGGGCCAUUGCCUUCAAAGAGCUUGGCGCAGUCUACUUCUUGAAGGGCGAUAUGGAAGCGGCAGAGAAUCACUUCACAGAAGCCCUAAUCCUGAAACGAUCCGUCUAUAGUGGUGCCAACAUACAUGUCGCCAUCACCCUUCACUCACUUGGCUUAGUCUUCUGGCAAAGAAGUAGCUGGCUAGCUGCACAGAAGUAUUUUUCGGAAGCGCUCAGCAUGUGGCAAGCUCUUCGUGGAAAACUUGCUGCUCGGCGAACGAACGACACCCUCCGAAUGCAGGGUGCAGUCUAUAAGCAGCUCGGCAAGCUCAGAGCUGCCGAAGCGAACCUGAGAAAGUCCCUGGGCAUGCCCGGAAACUGCGAGAGUCCGGAUCGCGCCUUCACUCUUGAAUGGCUGGGCAUGGUUUGUUGGAAAAGAAGCCAGUCGCCCAAGGCGGAGAAUCUCUUGAAAGAAUGUCUGAGCAUGAGGCGGAGCCUCUACGGAGAUGUGGCGCACGAGGACAUUGCCCGCACCCUUGGGUGCUUGGCAUCAGUUUGGUACGAGUCCGGAGACUCGAAAUCUGCUGGGAAGACUUGGAAAGAGUCUCUCGGCAUGCUGCAAGCCCUUCAUGGGGACACUGCGCACGAAGAUGUCGCCGCCGUGCUGCAUGAGCUUGGCAAAGUCUUUCAAUUCGAGGGUGAUUUGAAGGCUGCGGAGGAGAAUCUCGUGGAGUCCCUCAGCAUGAAGAAGGCUUUGCAUGGAGACGGUCCCCACGAGCAAGUCGCCAAGACUCUUUAUGAGCUUGGCGCAGUGCGCAGGAAUAUGGGCAGAGUGAAAGCGGCGGAGGGUAACUUGGUAGAGUGCUUGGGGAUGAGACGGGCUGUGUAUGGAGAUUCUGCAGAGGAGGAAGUCGGCAUGACACUCCUUUUACUUGGAAAAGUGUUCUGA